CCCAUUAAAACCAGAAUCAAAACUUGCUAUGAAUUUCUACUUAGAAGUAAAUAAAGUUUGGUUACAUAUCACGCCAAUAUUAUCUUCUCCAUUAAAAUAAUACGAAGAAUCUCUCCCUCUCUCUCUCUCUCUCUCUCACCCAACAACGCAUCUUUCUCUCUCUACCUCUCUUUUGCUUGGUACUGUGAGUGUGUUGUGUUAAUAGUAAAAUAUUAUAUAUAUAUAUAUGAUUUUGUUUCAAUUUUUAUUUUCUGGGUUAGUUUGGUCUGGUGGUGUUGAAUUCCUCAUGUCAGUGAAAACAGUUGUUUCCUACACGGGGAUGAUGUUCUCGUGGCUCUGCAUAUCUCAGAGCUUGAGUUAUCAGAGAGAUAUUGUUUUAGUGGUUUUGGGUUUUCUUACCAAACCCAGCUCUGGGUUUUCCAAUAAACUGCCUACUCAUUACUUAGCUCUCACUAGUUGUGGCCCUUGCUCAAUCUAACGUCCCUUUUGUUCUUGCUUCAAGUUACAAGCUUUCUCCUCCAAUAUUAAUUUAUUCAUUUCUUUUUGUUUUUCUUUUUUUCCCCCUCUUCUAAUUUCUUCUUCAUUGAGGAAGGUCUUGUUGAAAGAUUGGAGACUGUGAGAUUUGGUGUUGUAUGGGAUGAGAAUAGUAAUGCCAGUCAUGCUCCAGCUGGUUAUUCUCUGCUUCAUUUGCUUUUCUCUGUUUCUACGAGGAUCCACAGGGAUCACUAUAUCCCCAUCACCUGCAACUUCUUCUGUGGUUCCUCCCGUACAAGGAACAUUAGGUCCUGUGCCUCGUGGCACAUCUAAAGACAAUGUGCCAAGUUCAGAAUCGCAACCCAUUGAAUCACCUUCACACCCUGAAGUUGCACUGCCACCUCUUCCCUCUACCCCAGCACCACCCCAAACAAACAAGGGUCUCGAACCAUCUCUGCCACCAAGUGUUCCAAAAGUGCUGCCUCCAUCUAAUACAACUCCUCUACCUCCCGUUGAUCAAAUACAUGCACCAGCCACUCCACCAACAGCUCCUCAAGAAAAAGCACCAGUUACAAAGCCUCCUGUCUCAGAGCCAGUAGCGUCAACUCCUCCACCAACAGCUCCUCAAGAAAAAGCACCAGUUACGAAGCCUCCUGUCUCAGCGCCGGUAGCAUCAACUCCUCCACCAACAGCUCCUCAAGAAAAAGCACCAGUUACGAAGCCUCCUGUCUCAGAGCCAGUAGCGUCAACUCCUCCACCAACAGCUCCUCAAGAAAAAGCACCAGUUACGAAGCCUCCUGUCUCAGCGCCGGUAGCAUCAACUCCUCCACCAACAGCUCCUCAAGAAAAAGCACCAGUUACGAAGCCUCCUGUCUCAGAGCCGGUAGCAUCAUCUCCUCCACCCCUUUCCAUUCAAGAUCAUGCACCCGCACCCACUGUCCCACCAACUGCUCCUCAAAGAAAGAAACCGGUGAUUGAGGCUCCUAUUUCACUGCCAGUUGCGCCAGUUCCAGUUGCAGCUCCUUCAGGGAAUAUACCUCAUGUUUCUCCAACUUUCCAGCCAAGUAUACCUGCAACUUCGCCAAUAAAUGACAUCCCCAAAAAUUCAACAGAUAAUAAGGGUCCCAUCUCUGAUCCUUCUACUCCAGUCACUAAUCACGCAGUUCCAGCUGUAUCUCCAACAAUUCAAGCGCCACUGAGUUCACCUUUCAUCCAUCCAAAUACACCUAGAGGAUCUCCUUCUACUGUUAUUCCAGGCCAUGAAGUCACUCCUGCAUCAUCUCCUCCCAAGGGAAUUCCUGCUGCUGCACCUUCAUUUGAAAAGCCCAAGGCAGAACCACCUGUGGACCAUAUUACAGCUAAUGGUCCUUCAAAACACGAAUCUGUGCGACAUUCUAAUGUUGCUCCUGCACCAUCUACUUGGCAUCACAAUUCUCCUUAUAAAGGAGAUACACCUCCUGUCUCAUCACCUUCAACCCCAUUUUAUGAGCAUCAUCAUCCAAGGAACAAAAUCACCAAUCUUGCUCCAGCGUCAUCAUAUCCUGUUUCUCCUCCAAAACAGCAUGGUUCUUCAGAUUCACCAUCUCAUUCUCCUUUUCCUCCACCACUGAGCUAUGUUUCACCUGCACCUACUCCAUCCCAAAAAGCUGCAUCGGGCAACACCAAAAAAUUAUUUCCAUCCAAAUCUCCGUCAGCAAGCCCAAAGGUGUCACUUGUACCACCACCAAAGGUAUCACUUGUAUUUCCUCCUCCACCUCCUAAUGAAGAUUGUUCAACAAUGAUUUGCACAGAGCCCUAUACAAAUACUCCUCCUGGAUCACCUUGUGGCUGUGUUUUGCCAAUUCAAGUUGGAUUACGCCUUAGUGUUGCAUUAUAUACAUUCUUCCCAUUGGUCUCAGAGCUUGCCCAGGAAAUUUCUGGCAGUGUUUUCAUAAAACAAAGCCAGGUACGCAUUAUUGGAGCGAAUGCUGCUAACCAACAACCAGAGAAGACGGUAGUCCUUGUUGAUUUGGUACCAAUGGGAGAAAGGUUUGAUAACACUACUGCUUUUUUGACGUACGAACGUUUUUGGAACAAGCAAGUUACCAUCCAAUCAUCCUACUUUGGUGACUAUGAAGUGCUAUAUGUGCGGUAUCCAGGUUUACCUGUAUCACCACCUUCUGAUGUUGGUAUGAUAGAUGAUGGGCCUUAUGCAGGCAGUGACAAUAAUGCGAGAACAAUAAAGCCCCUUGGAGUUGAUGUGCCACAAAGACAGCAUAAAAAGUUGCUUAGUGGUGGCAUCAUUGCUAUUAUUGUUCUAUCAGCCUUGCUAGUUUUGGUUUUGUGCUCCGCUGCUGCUUGGAUUUUUCUUUUUAAACAUAGGGACCAAGUUUCUGAACCAGGACCAUCUCCCCGGGAUUUGCUGCCUUCCCUGUCCAAACCAUCUGGAGCUCCAGGGUCUAUGAUAGGAAGUAGGGACAGUUCUGCUUCUUUAUCAUUUGGAUCUAGCAUUGCAACUUAUACUGGAUCUGCUAAGACUUUCAGCACAAGUGACAUAGAGAGAGCAACCGAUCGUUUUAAUGCAUCUAGAAUACUUGGGGAAGGAGGAUUUGGACUUGUUUACAGCGGUGUUCUUAACGAUGGGACCAAAGUUGCUGUCAAAGUUUUAAAGAGAGAUGAUCAACAGGGUGGUCGUGAAUUCUUGGCUGAAGUUGAAAUGCUUAGCCGUCUUCAUCACCGGAAUUUGGUCAAGUUGAUUGGUAUAUGCACAGAGGAGCGUAACCGUUGCUUGGUUUAUGAGCUGAUCCCAAAUGGCAGUGUGGAAUCUCAUUUACAUGGCAUUGACAAGGAGAAUGCACCACUCAAUUGGGCUGCUCGAAUGAAGAUAGCACUUGGUGCUGCUCGAGGACUGGCAUAUCUACAUGAGGAUUCAAGUCCUCGUGUCAUACAUCGUGAUUUUAAGUCCAGCAAUAUCUUGUUGGAAGAGGAUUUUAUGCCAAAAGUUUCGGACUUUGGUUUGGCCCGGUCUGCCAUGGAUGAAGAAAAUCAACACAUAUCAACACGUGUCAUGGGAACAUUUGGAUAUGUGGCUCCCGAAUAUGCGAUGACUGGACAUCUUCUUGUGAAAAGUGAUGUUUAUAGUUACGGAGUUGUCCUCCUCGAACUUCUAACUGGAAGGAAACCAGUAGACAUGUCACAGCCACCUGGUCAAGAAAAUCUAGUUGCAUGGGCCCGUCCACUUCUUGCGAGUCAAGAAGGUCUGGAAACAAUUAUUGACCCUUCGCUAGGAUCUGACGUCCCAUUUGAUAGUGUGGCCAAAGUUGCAGCAAUUGCAUCCAUGUGUGUACAACCAGAGGUAUCAAACCGUCCUUUUAUGGGUGAAGUUGUUCAGGCCUUAAAACUGGUGUGUAAUGAGAUUGAGGAGGCAAAAAACCUCGGUUCAAGAACUUCAAGUCAAGAUGACUUGUCCAUUGAUUUGAGUGCCUCAGAACAGUUGCCAGAUCCUCCACCAAGCCAAUACUCAGUUCAUAGCUAUGAGUCUGAGCUUGAUGUUGGAAGGGGAAUGUCAGUAUCAGAAUUGUUCAGUUCUUCUGCAAGGAUAGGCACAGAACAAUCCGAAUCGUUUAGGCGCCACUCUAGUUCUGGUCCUCUGGGAAGUAGAAGGAGCAAGCAUUUCUGGGAAAGAGUAAGGAGAUUCUCAGGUGGCAGUGUUAGUGAACAUGGUUCUGCAUUUAGAUUAUGAUCAGCUUCCCAUUGAUUGACACUGUGACUUUUCCUUUGAUUUUUCGGCUAUGGAAGUUCCAAGCAGUAUCAAGAAUUUGGUGACAAGAAGAAGCUAAGAAGACUUUUCCUAAGGGAGAUCACCAAAUGGUUAAUAAGGGGUAACAGUUCUCCAUACUAGUGCUCAAAUGGGAUGGAUGUGGAAUUCAAUUUGAUGAAUGAAAUUUAAUUAAAUUUUCGUAUGGCAUAGAAGGAGCUAGUCGACCAUCAAAUCCUUUGCGUUUCAGAGUGAUUGAUUUUAAAUUGAGUCUUGUGGAGUACUUUUGAUUGUAAAUCCAACGAGUGCAUUUAGAGAGAAGUUUUCUCUAGUUACAGUCUACAGAUUUGUACAGAAGAUUUUGCACCAUGAAAAUGAAAUACAUGCUCACCCCACUUUCAAAACA